AUGCUAUCCACGGCGAUAACAAAACAUAAUGAAAUGUACUACUUGUUCGACUCGCACUCUAGAGACGAAUAUGGUCGAGCACGGCCAAACGGUAAAGCAUGUAUGCUGGAGUUCGUUUCUAUGGACUUACUAGCAGAGCACAUAAUGCACGUACAUUGGCAAAACGAAACGGAAGCGAACGUAAAUAACUAUUAUCGGAAUGUAUUUACAAUUGCUCCUAUAACAAUUGUACUGCAAGACAACAUAGCAGAGGACAAUGCAGUAUCACCAACGGCGUUGCUGAUGCCUCCGCCUACAGUUCCUGUUCCUCCGAAAGUUCCUGUGGAAUCGUCUAGCAAUGUACGUAUACCUGGGCGUUCAAAUACGUACUUGCUAGCCAAACGUACCAGACAAGUGGAUACGUUCACUGUUGGUGAUAUGGUAGAACAAUGCGACCAGUGCGGCGCAAAGUUUUACAAGAAAGAAAGAAAAAUGUGCUGUAAUAAAGGAAAUGUUGUGCUGCCACCGCUAGAUGAAUAUCCAUCAGUGUUAAAAGCAAAACUGCUUUCCGAUAGCUCGACUUCCAAGUUGUAUUUGAAAAACAUUAUGAAGUACAACACGCUCCUAAGUUUCGCAUCGAUUUCGUCGACUUUGCGAACUGACUUACCUCCUGGAGUCGAUGUGUUCGUAAUACAAGGCAACAUGUAUCACAAGAUGAUGCAUGUAUACCAAAACGAUACAAGACCAAGUUUCGGACAAUUGUACUUUUUGGAUUCAGGACGCGCCAACGACAUUCGCAGCGCGAAUACAAUAUUUACGGCCGAAAUGUCUGCGGAACUAAUUACCCAACUCGAUAAGGUUAUAAGGAAAGUAAAUCCAUACGCUGGUCUAUACUGCACCAUGAAAGAGGUCUAUGAACAAGCACGAACGAAUGCAGCACGAAACAACGCGACAGUGCCCGAAAUCUCGUUGGUUUGGUUCGAUGAUUCUGGAAUCGAUAGGCGCGUCUACAAUAAACCAACAGCCAAUGAUGAAAUAGGAGCUAUAUUCGUAUCGGGGGAUGGGGAAAUCCCCGCAAAUAUCGAAUUGCAGCUCUAUCUCCGACCGGAAGUUGUCGACAAUCAAACCGAUAGCAGCUUAUUAACAAUUUCACAUUUGUCACCGUUAGCCGAUCCGUUAAGUUAUGUGCUAUUGUAUCCUACUGGAGGUCGUGGUUGGUGCAAGAACAUAUCAUUAACACGCCAAAGCGCUACCAGAAAACGCGUCACAUUAAGAGCUUUUUAUGAGUAUAGGUUUAUGGUUCGCGAUACAUUCAAUCCACUUUUAGAAAGUGCAAAAUUAACGCAACAAUAUAUUGUUAAUUGCUAUACGAAAAUAGAGAGCAACAAUAUGGAUUAUUUACGAAUAAACCAAAAUAAGCUAAUGGUGAUAAACUAUUCCGGAUUACAAGACUAUCUAGCCCAAUACGAAUCAAACUGUAAUGUCCGAAUCGGGCACCCAAUUAUUUUACCCUCCACUUACUAUGGCGGUAAGAGAUUUAUGAUGGAGUACUAUCAAGAUUGCAUGGCCAUUGUAAGUCGUUUUGGGAAACCGACGUAUUUUGUAACGAUGACGUGCAAUCCUAAAUGGCCCGAAAUAGAAAAGUUCAUGAGACCGAAUCGGUGCGCUCAAGAUAGACCAGACAUCACGGUUCGUGUAUUUCACCUAAAAUUAAAAGAGCUAAUUCACGACAUUGUCGUCAAGCAAGUUUUAGGCGAAGUGAGCACUUUCAUAUAUGUUGUGGAGUUUCAGAAAAGAGGUUUGCCACAUGCGCAUAUAUUGGUAAUAAUCAUGAGUAGAAGAUCGGCCUGUAGAAGCAAAUGA